CCCGCCGCGGCACCGGGAGCUACUUCCGGUACCGGGAGCCAUUUCCGGUGCGGGGAAGCACUUCCGGUUCCGGGUUGUUGGGACACCGCCGCCAUGGCGAAUCACCUCCGGUUCGUGGGCCGGACCGUCAUGGUGCAGAACGGCAACGUAGAGGCGGCCUAUGGGGCCCUCAACAGGAUCCUCUCGCAGGACGGCCUGGUGGAGGUGGUGCGGCGGCGGCGGUACUACGAGAAGCCGUGCCGGCGGCGGCAGCGGUUGGCGUACGAGGCGUGCCGGCAGGUCUACAACGCCGAGAUGGGGCGGAAGAUCGCCUUCCUGGCACGGGGCAGCCGGCAGGACCCCUGGGCAGGCUGCUAGGGGCGCCCCCCCUCAAUAAAGGCCCCUCCCCUCUGGUGGCGAUUUAA